AGGCAGGCAGUGGAGAUGCACGCCUUAAGGCCGAGCAGGAUGUCUCUGUGCGGUCAGGGGUCUCCAGUCUGAAGAGGAGGGCUGAGCGGGUCAGCUCCAGUAGUCCUAUUAGCUGGACACCACUUGAAGAAAGACAGCAUGAGACUGCUGCAGUAAUAUUUGGGGGUUUCCAUGUUAUUAGCCCGAAGAGGGAAAAAAAAUAAGAUUUUAGAAUUUACCUGAGGGUCAAUUUGAAGAAGGAGAUCCUGGAGAGAGGGGAGUGCUUAAGUUGAAUUUGGCCCACUUUAACCAGGAGCUUGCUUGUUGGUUGCUUAGCAUUGAGAGACACAUUUACCUGCAGGUAACAAUACAGGAGGACGGUGGGAUUUCUCAGGUUGCUUAGUGCUGACCUAUCUGCAAAAAAGUAACGGGACUCCGGAGUUCAACUGAUGCUCUAUGACCCUCAACUUAAACUGAACAACUCGCCGGUAGCACUGACAUACGUCCACAGCUGGUGCAGAUUACAGCACAAGACGGAGCUCAGAGUUGUCAGCGACCGGGUCCAGUCUGUAAGGAGGAGCUUUACAGAAUCCAGGAGGCCUGGAAACCUGAACUACCAUUCCGGGGUCCACAACUAACCAGACGCAAUCUGAAUCACUGGCGAGAGUGAAGAAAAAGGACCACCAGCAACACAGACUCAAGAAGGUCGGGGUGGUGACCGCAUUACUCCAGACUUGCUGCUGGCCUGCUGUAUCUCUUCUGCUUUAAAUUCAAUGAUGACAUCUGUGCCCUCAUUUCCCAGGAUGCUAUUGACUCUGCUCUUAGUACUGCUGUUGCACCACCAUGGAGGACACGCGCAGCAGACGUGCUCAGACGGUUUCCACGUCGAUCGUCAGACCCGGCAGUGCAUAGAUAUUGACGAAUGCCGGACGAUUCCCAAUGCCUGCCGAGGCGAGAUGCGAUGUGUCAAUCAGAAUGGUGGAUACCUUUGCAUCCCACGCUCCAUGAUUCCACAGACUUAUCCAAGGCCAAAUGCUCCCUCUUACCCUGGCAUGACCUACCCAAAUUCAUACCCUCCACCCCCUGCUCCUGUCCCUGCGCCCAGCUACCCCGCUUCUGGACAGCCUGUAAUAUGCCGCUUUGGAUACACCCUGAGUGAAGGCAACGAGUGCGUAGAUGUUGAUGAGUGUUUAGCCAACAGCCACCAGUGUAACCCCACGCAGAUCUGCAUCAACACGGAGGGCGGCUACACCUGCUCCUGCACAGAGGGCUACUGGCUGGUAGAGGGACAAUGCCUUGAUAUUGAUGAGUGCCGUUAUGGGUACUGCCAUCAGCUGUGUGCCAACAUCCCUGGCUCCUACUCCUGCACCUGUAACCCUGGCUUCAUUCUGAAUCCUGACGGAAGGUCCUGUCAAGAUGUGGAUGAAUGUGAGGGAGAAAAUCCCUGUGAGCACGGGUGCAUGAACACGUAUGGUUCCUUCAUCUGUCGCUGUAAUGCCGGCUUUGAGCUCGGAUCAGAUGGCAUGACGUGCACUGAUCUUGAUGAAUGCAGUUACUCAAAUCUACUUUGCCAGCAUCAGUGUGUCAACCAACCUGGAUCAUUCUUCUGCAUUUGUCCACCUGGAUACACCAUCAUGGCAGAUGGGACAACAUGCCAAGACAUUAACGAGUGUGAGACGGGCAAUGCCACAUGUACGCGGGCACAGGAGUGCUUCAACUAUCAGGGGGGCUACAAGUGUCUGGAUCCUGUCAGAUGUGAAGAGCCAUACAUUUUGUUUGGGGAAAACCGUUGCAUGUGUCAAUCAGAAAAUCCUGGCUGCCGAGAGAAGCCCUUCACCGUGCUCUACAAGUUCAUGGACAUUGCUGGCGGCCGCACUGUUCCCCUUGAUGUGUUCCAGAUGCAGGCGACCACCCGCUACCCUGGAGUCUACUUCAUCUUCCAGAUCAAGUCGGGGAAUGAAGGACGCGAGUUUUACAUGAGACAAACAGGUCCAUACAGUGCCACACUGGUGCUUACGCGCCCACUCAGUGGGCCAAAAGAGGUGCUUCUGGACCUGGAAAUGGUCACGGUCCACACAGUCAUCAACUUUAGGGGGAGCUCCGUCAUCAGGCUAACGGUAUUCGUCUCAGAAUUCUCCUACUAAUCUUCUUCCUUGCUGUUACCUCCUCAUGCAUCUAAGAGAUGAGCUGCACCUUCUGAUUGAGUCUGAAACCAUCAGUCCUCCACAUCAGCUGAGGUAACACCACAGCUAUGCAAGCUUCACAAGUUUCAAGACUCCCUUCUCUUUGCUGCUCAUGGGACUUCUGAGACGUGAGGACCUUCCUCUCCCCCUUCCUGCCUUAAAUAUUGCCUGUUAAGGAUUCUCGGAUAUAGGGCUUCCCCACCCCUCUUUUGGUCAUAUGACCCUCCUCACCACCACUGUAUGUAUUUCCAGCCCAUUGAUGCUUGUGCUUGCUUCUCGGCAGAAUGCUUUCCCAGCCCCACCACUGUCACCAAGCUCUCAAGACAUGCCAGCUUGCUGGCCCAUGUGGAACACUAGUAGAAAGAGAGGGCUUUGAAUUUUCAUUACCUGUCCUAUGCUGAUCAGUGUGGAACCCCAAAAGAGCACUACCACUUGCUAUGUAACACUAGCACUUGCUUCAUGGAGCACAGAAGAAGAUCAUCCUCCAUCGGUAGAAGUUAGCGUAUCCUCUACUAGAACACCAGUUAAUGCACAAUGACCAGUAAGAUGAAGAAGAUCUCCGUAGAGUGAUCAUCUGGCGGGGAUGACUCAAGCUUUGAUCCAACUGUAGAAUUUGCUGCAUCUAAUGCCAGUUAUGUGUUUUUUGUAGUCACCAGGACCUUGCUGGAAUUAUGAAAACUGAGACCCUAUCUUCACCCCUUCCUCCACAUUAUCUGCUCCAUGUACAGAAUGCAAACCAAAUAAACAUUUUUUUUUUUUUUUUUUACCUAAAACAUGGCUAGUUGUGCAUGGUGUAUAAAGAUGUGGUUCACAUGUGUGGGAUGGGCCUGUAGGAUGAACAGUUAAAGGAUAAGUUUGGUAUUUAUCAAGUCAAAAUUAUUUCUUCACAAUCGUGGUGUAUAUUAAUGUGACACUUGGAACUGCAUUCAAAAGUGAAGCUUAUUUUAGCAAGUUUAAAAAAAAAUAA